AUGACGACCGAAGACGAGAACACCCAGGAGCAGGCGAGCGAGACGUCACCAUUGCUGGGAAAACAGGCACCGAAGCCUAUUGACCCCAGCGACGGUAUCGCUCCCGACAGCGCCGUCGCCAAUGGAGCCAUCACAGAAGGAGAAGAUGGCGGAGACCUCGAACGACAGACGAGUCUGGAAGAAAGGCAGAAACAAUACGAGGGCCAGCCGGAGAUGAGGAAGAAGAUGAAGGUCAUCUUCCCGGCCUUGACAAUCGGCGUGCUCCUAUCUGCUGCCGACCAGACCAUCAUCGUGUCCAGCUACGGCAAGAUUGGCAGCGAGUUGAAGGCCCUGAAUAACGUUUCCUGGAUCGCGACUGCCUACUUCUUGACUCUCACGAGUUUCCAACCACUAUAUGGAAAGAUGUCGGAUAUUUUUGGGAGAAAGAGUUGCUUGUUAUUUGCAUAUGCCAUCUUUGGUCUGGGCUGUCUGUUCUGCGGUCUUGCUCAGAACAUGAAUCAGCUUAUUGCUGCCAGAGCUUUUGCAGGCAUCGGAGGUGGCGGCAUGACUACAGUUGUGUCUAUCCUCAUGUCCGAUGCUGUGCCUCUACGUGAGCGUGGCAAGUGGCAGGGCUAUGUCAACAUCAUCUAUGCAACCGGAGCUGGUACAGGUGCUCCAUUGGGUGGUAUUCUUGCAGACUCCAUCGGUUGGCGUUGGGCGUUCCUCGGUCAGGUCCCGCUAUGUGUACUUGCCUUUGUCGUUGUGAGUCUGGUUCUGAAGCUUCCCAAGAGAGAGCAGACCGAUUGGAAGGUAAAGCUCCGUCGCAUCGAUUUCUUGGGCGCCGCCAUUUUGAUCGGUGCUGUGUUUACCCUGCUGCUUGCCCUCGACAGAGGCAGCAAUGUCUCGUGGAAGGCAAACAUUACCAUCAUCUCCAUCAGUCUCAGCAUUCCGCUCUUCGUCCUCUUUGUUCUCGUGGAGAUGAAGGUCGCAAAGGAACCUUUCGCGCCUGGCCACAUCAUCUUCAACCGUUCGCUGUUCGCAUGCUACCUUUGUAACUUCUUCUCCUUCUCUGGUUGGCUUGCCGCUCUAUUCUACAUCCCUCUUUACUUCCAAGCGGUCGAUGGCCUUACCGCGACCCAGGCUGGUGUUCGCCUGAUUCCAGGUAUCAUUGCAGGCGUCAGUGGCAGUCUGUUCGGUGGCUUUUACAUGCAGCGUACGGGCAAGUUCUACUGGCUGACAGUCAUCGCUUAUACUAAUCUGGUCAUCGGAAUGACUUUUGUUUUCUUGUUCUCGGGCUUCGUGGUCAACAGCACUCCUGGAAUCAUUGUCGGCAUGUGCAUCUGCGGUUUCUCGAACGGUAUCGGUGUUACGUCAACCUUGAUCGGUCUCAUUGCCAACGCAUCUCGCGACGACCAAGCCGUUGCCACCGCCUGCUCCUACCUCUUCCGCAGUUUGGGAUCUGUGUUUGGUGUGUCCGUUUCCGCCACCCUUGCCAACCAAGCACUUCGCGAUCGUCUCGCGGCAGCACUCAGUAGUGGCGAUGCUGCCGCUGAAAUCACAGAGCGUGUCAGAGAGAGUUUGGCUUACAUCAAUACUCUUGAGCCCAACGUCAAGGCGUUGGUCAGGGCGUGUUAUGCGCAGAGCACCCGCGCUGCAUUCGGGCUCGAGAUUGGUCUUGUAGCUGGAGCUGCUAUCAGUGCGUGGAUGAUCAAGGAAAAGGCGUUGAGUAGAUAG